GAAGGUCGAACUUUACGUUCUUAAAAUACUCUCAGAUAUCUUAUCUGUUCUUGAGCGUAGUGUCGAUCGGACACCAGGUGUUGUUCCAUUUUUCGACGCGACUAAAAUAUUAUAUAUGCUCGUUAUGCUCGGACGUCGUUAUACUGCAUUUGAAAAGCGAACAUUUGUACAUCCCUUUACCCAAAGGAUAUAUGAUAGAUAUGGUCAAUCCACUUAUCCAGUCUCAAUAAUGAAAGUCGAACAUUGCGUGUAUGAAUGGGUCCAGUCUAUUCUAGAAGAAAAAAUUGAGAUAUUGUUAUCAUUACUCGAAGAGAAUGGUGCAAACCAGAUUCGCUCUUGGACAAAUAUAGAUGAACUGAUGCAAGUCGUUGACAUCACUGAGGUAGUAGUGUUACUUUCUAACCUAAAAAACAACAAACAUUACCGAACAAAAUUCGUGGAAAAAUGUCUCCCCAAGAGUUGUCAUACGCCUCGGGAUAGUUUGGUUGGUGCAAUAAGUCAGGUAUGGAAUGCCUUCAUGCAUUCUAAUCCUGAUCCCGAGAUUUCUAAACCACGUGAAACUAUAAAUGCGGCGAUAAAUCUUGCUGAAACAAUGUCAGAACGUAACUUGCCCGUAGAUGAAGACGACCAACGUAAUAUUCGAAGGACUCUGAAUUCAUUUGCACAACUCAUAUUCAUUGAAGAAUUAACAAAGGUAUUCAUUGAACAAGUCCGUAGGAUAUCGAUACGAGAUCGACCAAGAGAUCGAACAGAUACUGGUUUUGAAAAAGAUGGUGGGACAAUUAGAACAAAAAUAAAACUAGAAACCUUGGACGAAAUCAUGUCAAAAUUGGAACAAUAUGGCGCAAACGUAAGAUGGCUGCCAAAAGGAUGUGGUUUACCUGAUACUUUCUAUGAGUCAGAGGCUAAGAUAAUUCUUGAAAAACUACAACAGGAAAACUCUGAACUAGGAAAAAGGCUUGUCGAAGAAGUUCUGCCCAUCCGAUGCCGUGAGGGAGUACACAAAGAUAUCGAAGACGCAGUAAACCAGGGACUUAAACUUGCUCAUAAGAUUACGUUGCAGAAAAUAUUAUUGAUUCUUAAAUCAAAUGGAGCGCCCAGGGUUCAAAAGUGGGCAGACGCAGAUGAGUUGAUUGGAUUAGUUUCAAACUUUGAAGCUAACACUUUACUCGACAAACUUAGCAACGUGGUUGAUUUUCGAAAGGUAUUUGUUCACGAAAUUCUGCCUGAGAUAUGUAGGACAGAGCCCCAAGGCAUAGUAUCUCAAGGUCAGGAAUGCCUCGCCGAGGACCAGUCAAUUAAAAAUGCCAAAAUCAAAGAUGUAGUGAAAAGAGGAUUUGAAUAUUUCUCAAAAGACACGUUCGAAAAAAUACUAAAGAUACUAGAAAACAAUGGUGCACCGAGAAUUCGGAUGUGGGCGAAGAUCAGCGUUUUGUUGGAAAAUGUCGAAGAUUCUGAGGCAACAGUGCUUCUCAGCACACUCGAGGAAGAUUGUGAUUUUAGAACAAGAUUUGUACAUGAAUGUCUUCCAAGUGAAUGCCACCCUCCCCCUACAAUACUUGGUAAAAUGAGAGAAUAUUUAUUCAUGAUGAUAAACCUGUUUGUAGCAAUGCCCUCAAUUCCCGAAGCCACAAAUUCGGAAAUACGAAAUAUGAUAGAAAGCGGCAUAAAACUUGCCUGGGGACUGAAAUGUGUUUCAGGAGAACAUACGAUUACAUAUAGCGGCAACGAGGCAUCGAAUAUACUACAUGGUAGUGAAUCUGCAAUCGACCUAACAAAUGAUCGUGUUUCUGACCUCAUGAAAAUCGUUGAACCAUUCAUAUAUGGUGAUACACCACUUAUAAAGGCAUCACACCAUGCAGUGAGGGUAUUUAGAAGACCACAAUUUCAGAAGCACAAGAAGGUGCUCUUCAUCAUAUCCGAUGGUGAGCCUGCUGAUGGGAAAGAAUUACCCAAAGAGCUUCAUGAAUUAGAUGUGAAAAUAGUGUGCUGUUUCAUUACGAAUAGUGCAGAUAUACAUAACCCACGCUGUCUGUAUAGUGUGCUACCUGAAGACCGUGAGUGGGAAAGGGCAGCAAAGUUGAUGUUUAAGUGGAGCUCAACGAUAACAACACAAGAUAUACCACGAACUCUGUUUGUUAAAAGGGGAUGGACUAUAGAUACCACAAACAACGAAACACGUUUGUUCUGCCAAGUUAAUCAUCCCGAUAUCAUUGACGAUGUUUGCGACCUUGUGAGGAAUGUUGUUUGUUGCCAAGAUGCCCUAUCGGAUGUUUUAUCCUCUGUUUCACUCGAUUUAUACAUCAAUAGAGCCAACCAAGGGCUCGCUUUCAAAGACAGUCGCCUUUUCACGUUUGCUAAUGCCUCAUCUGCAGUGAUGCAUCUUGCUAUGAAGCGCAUCUUCUCCCGUGAUGGCGGAUAUCCUGACUACAUUGAAUUGCGCAACGAUAUAUUGAGAAAAUAUGAAGACAGUGGAGCGCCAUCUUUGGAUAUACUUAAGAAAACCUGUGCUGAAUACCGUCUUCAUUGCCAACAGGUUGAUGAGUUAGGGGCAAUGAAAGCAGUUUCCGCAAAACGCCCAGUCUUGGCAAUGUUUAAGCUUACCGAAGUCGAUUGGAAUGCUUUCACUAAAUUUUACAAAGAUCGUCCACGUGGAAUCCUUACUAGAUCUGAUAUCGAUAUCAGAACACAUUCAUCAGAUGACAGUCUAGAUGAACAUGCCGUGGUUCUCACGAGCUACACCAGUGAGUACUUGCGAUUUAUGGGCUCAUAUGGAAGUGAUUGGGCUGACAGCGGCUUUUUUAGAGUUCAGGAGGCCAGUGUCUUCGAUAUCAAAUUUGUUGAUGUAUUCUGGGAAGAAGAUGACCUUACAAAGUCUGAAAUUGAUGCAUUUGCUAAAAACGGCGCCAGUGUCGCGACAAAAUUGUUCGAUACCUUAAAAGGCCUUAAUACUGCUGACUACACUUGCCCAAUAUGCGAAGCUGUGUCUAAAGUGAUUGAUUUUUCUGGAAGACUACUUAAUGCAAAGUAUCCAGAAUGUUCAGGAACGUUUGAUGUAAAUGAGGCGGGAAGUGAUAUUGCUCUGAACUUAUAUCUCACUUCACUGUCGUCGGACCAGAACGAGGCUUAGCAUAAUUUUGACGUUUGCCAAAUCAAAAAAUGAAAAUGUGACAAACAAAACUGAU